AAAGAACGCGCAGAUAUGUGAUUUGAAUAGGCGGCUUGGAUUAUGGCAGAACAAAGAAAAAUGAACGCUUUUUCUCGUAUUCACGCCACAUUUCGUAUUGGGGCAUUGGUGAUUUUGUUCUACUUCACUCAGUUAGGGUGCUACUCAGCUCUUGGAAUGGAGUCUGUUCAAGGCAAGGUGAAAAUCAAAGACGAACAGAUCACUGCUUCUUCUUACAGAACAUCCAAUUCAAUGCCGGCAAAAGCUAGGCUCCAUGGUGUUGGUGGUUGGUGUCCAAAAGAUACAGAUGACAGUCCGUAUAUUCAAAUAGAUCUUCUUACGCCCCACACCAUCACAAAAGUGGAUACUCAGGGCGGCUAUGGUAACUACGUUGAAAAAUUCAAGUUAACAUUCAGCUAUGACAACACAAAGUGGUUCAAUUACACAGUCCAUGGCAAGGUUACGGAAUUUGAGGGUAAUAGAAACGCGUAUAUUCCCAAGGAAAAUAAUUUGACACAGCCGCUGACUGCUCGUCUGAUUCGGUUACACCCGAUAUUGGGUAAAAGAAAAGACACGGAGCCUUGUCUCAAGCUGGAGCUGUAUGGAUGUGAACCUAGAGAAGGUUGGUGUAACUGGGGCGGGUGGUGCACCGAUCAAGAGGAUAAGAACCAGUAUUUACAGGUCGAUCUGGGUCGGGUGCGGUCUGUGUCUGGCGUAGCAACUCAGGGCUACGUGGGGGAAAUGUUUGUAUCGAAGUAUCACUUGAAUUACAGUACGGAUGGGCUUACGUGGCGUUCCUUCAGAGAGAGGGGAGAAACUAGAAGCAAGGUUUUCCAAGGCAACUUUGACAGCGGCACUGUGAUAAAGAGGCGCCUUUCUCACAGAAUAUUUGCUCGUUACAUCCGCUUCAAUCCUUUAGCUUGGAACGCAGGGGGCUUUAUCUGUUUGCGGGUGGAGAUUUACGAGUGUCUUCCAACUAAAGGGAGCGUACCGGUAGUUGAUCCGCCAAGUGAGACUGUGGAACUGAAUCGCACCAGUUCUGUCAAUCUGACGUGCCUGGUUUCCGGUCAGCCUGGUGCUGACAUGGAAUGGUAUCGAAACGGACUUGUGAUCCCCUCCCCACCCCCUGCUGCAGUCUUAAGGAAUGGAAGUGUGAAGAGCGUGUUGAUGUUAUCACGUGUUAAGUACAAAGACCGAGGUUCAGUAUUGUCUUGCACGGCCUGGUACCCAGGAUUACCAAUCAAUGCAACGCGGAACAUUCAUCUUCUUGUCCAUGCUCCUCGUCCAGAAGUGGUUAUCAUGGACGUCCAGUCUAGGACUCUCCGUUUCCGAGUUAAAGAUCCCACACCGACAGACACUGCUAAGUACAUUGUUCGCUACAGAAAGCGCUCAGUUUACUGGGACUGGGUACAAGUGGAGCUAAACAAGACCACAAGAGGUGACGAUACUAUGGUCACCUUAGACGGACUGCAUCCUUAUACCGCGUACAUAGUAGAAGUGGCGUCUUACUACAACGACGAUGACGAAGGACCAUUCAGUAUGCCACAGUCUUUUGAGACAAAGGAAGCAGCUCCUAGCGGUCCACCUCGUGAUGUUGUCAUCAUACCACGUGGCAAAAACGACAUAAGAGUGUCAUGGUUCAUCCCCAGUGCUGAGAACAGUAAUGGAAAAAUCACCAAAUAUGAAGUUAUCUUAUACAAACCCAACGGGGAGGUGUACACUUUCAUAAGCAAAGAGAAGCUUUCAAAGGACAUAAGGGGCCUGGUAAUUAAUCAGAAGUACUACAUUGGCGUGCGUGCCUUUACAAGAGUUGGGCCUGGACCUUAUAGCAAAAAUAUUACCUACUCAAUAGAGAAAAGCAGCGAAGGUUCCCAAAUAACACGCGCAUUGGAGAAACUGAACAAAGUUCCAGUCACUGACGCCAACGCAGUUAAAGUUAUGAAGGAAGUCAAAAAUAUUACAACCAAGUCUUCCGACUUGCAAGAAAAGGACAUUUCAAUCACAGCAAACAUUCUCCAAAAUGUUGUUAAGACGAACAUGACGUCAUCUGAAGUCGGUGAUCACGUGUUGGAUACCAUAAGUCACGUGAUGGAUGUGGAAACAGACGUGUUGCAGAAAACCCGAUAUAAGUUCAACACAUCUGCUAAAUUUGUAAAGCUUCUUGACGAGUACAUCGACAAAGGUGGCCAAUUUAGCAGAAGUACACGCAAUCUUGCUGUUCACGAGCAACUCAUUAAAGGAGCCAGUAAUGGGGUCAGCUUGUCAGUCCAAACUACCCAGAACAGUAUUGCGUUUAACGCAAGCGCAAACUCUUCUCGCGGAGAGAACGCGGAAAUCGAAGCUAGUGUGACUGUACCCAAUUCCGCUCUGAAGACAAAAGAAAAUGCGACUCUGAUUGUGGUGUACUAUCGCACAAGCAAAUUAUUUGCUCCCAGAUAUUCCCCUGGAUAUCGCAAGACGGAGGAGUGUGAGGAUGGUUUCACUGCCGAGAAGGUGUCCAAAUUCCAGCGGGAAACUGCAGCGCGGUCACGUUAUACGAUGGAAAACGUCAGUGGAGAUGUUAUCACAGAGAGCAGCCCGGUGUUGGCUGCGAGUUUGAGGAAAAAGCACGUGUUCAACCUGACCAAGCCCGUCGUUAUUAAGUUUAAACUGCCUCACGAACAGAUUAUCGAGAAUAGCACCAGAUGUGUCUGGUGGGAUUUUGAGAGCGGUGAAUGGUCUACUGCCGGCUGUUCACUUCGAGGGAUAGUUGAUGAUACUGUCAUUUGCGAUUGUAAUCACAUGACUAACUUUGCAGUCCUAGUGGAUGUAGAAGCUCAUACUUCGAAGCCUUGCGGCAAACAUUCUAUGGUGCUGUCGCUGAUCAGUUACAUCGGCUGUGGAUUGUCUAUUUUGGGAUUAUCGCUGACCAUAUUUACUUUUGCAUUUUUCAGGAAGCUUCGAAAGGAUCAAAUCGCUGCUAAAAUUCUGCUUCAUCUGUGUGUCUCGCUUCUGUGUGUGCUAAUCGUGUUUGUCGCGGGGGUGGAGAGGGGCGGGAUGGCAGAGGACGCCUGCCGGAUCGUAGCAGCCCUUAUUCAUUACUUCUUGUUGGUGGCGUUUCUGUGGAUGUUGAUCGAGGCGUAUUUCAUGUACCAAGCAUUUGUUAAAGUAUUCAGAGACUUUGGGGAUAACGUGAUAUGGAAAUGUACGGCGUUGGCUUGGGGUGUGCCUUUCCUCGUGGUUAUCGUUACUCUAGGCGUGGAUAAAAGUAGCUAUGGUGGGGAAAACUACUGUCGUAUCGGGGACGUGGCAUUCUUUGCUGCUUUUAUGACCCCUGUAGCGUUUGUCAUUUUCAUCAAUACCAUAACUUUCUUACUGAUCAUGUAUAAACUGGCCACGAGACCCCCGAACGCUGCCGACCCAGACCGAACUAGCGAAGGACUCUUGAAAAUCAAAAGAGCAUUUGGAAUUCUUAUCUUAGUUGGUAUCACGUGGAUGUUUGGGUUCUUUGCUGUUAGGGAAGCCCGUCUUGUGUUCCAGUAUCUCUUUGCGAUCUUCAACAGUCUCCAAGGCUUUGCUAUCUUCAUGUUUUAUUGCGUGAUUCAGAAGAAAGUGCGCGAGUGUUGGUGGGCGCUUCUCACGUGUAAUCUGGGAAGUUUAAAGAAGUCGAAGUCAAUCUACACGGACUCUUACGAUCGUCGGAGGCUGUCAUCUGCUAGCAGGGUUCAGCUUGAUGCCAUGAGGGCCAGGAGUAACACAGCAUUGUCCCAAAUCCUUCAAAUGCCAUUACGCAAAGUAAGCAGUUUCCCAGAAAUAAUCGUGCCGAGAGGUUCUGCGAAUAACGUAAAUUACCAUAGCAACAUGGUUUACGAAGACGAGCGAACACAGCUUCCAACUGUAGCCAUUCAAACAUGCGAUUAUCAACUGAGCGGAAGUGAAGGAAUAGAAGUUGACGAGUCUAUGGACAGUCUUUCAUCUCGUUCUGCCUCCAGAUCACCUAGUCUCCGAUCACGCUCGAUUAUUGUCAGGCAAUGUGGUGAACCUGUCACGCAUUCUCGUGAUCCCAGCAUUCGUAGUGGCCAGGUUACUGCGAAUUCUGAGCAUUCGACACCGAAAUUUUUCCGGCUACCAGUAAAACGUAUCAAUAACCAGCGAUCAGUGGGAGCUCUGAAUUGGUCACGGGAAUGUAUGCGUCCUAAAGAAACUCUAAAAAGGACUGCUUCACACACUCCUGAGGUUCAGAGACCAGCGAACCCAAGCUCGUCUCUUAGAAGAACUAGGUCUGCCUGUUCAUUCGAUGACACUCGAUUCAGCGCAGAUUUUAGUAUAUGCAGCGAUCAGACUUCAUGCGAAUCACUGAGUUCAGAAGCUCAAACACCCACAGUCAAAAAGUACCUCGGAACACCGUUUGAAAAUGUUGGUGCACAAAUUAUUGGGCCGCUAAGAGGCUCAAUAAGAGGAAUUGUGGGAUAUGUUGAAACCACUGUAGAGAAUUUCGACCUUCUGAUUGACUUGGAGAAGCAAAGGUCAUUUUCAUCCCCUGAACGAUCAAUUCACCACGUGUAAUACCAGUAAUGGAGCUCUACUCUUCUCAAUAGACAGCGUCGGGCCGUGCCAUUAUUGUUACCUUAGGAAACGAGUUUACGAUGUUGAGUUUAUCGUGUUUAAAGGAAACAUAGCUUUUUGUGGAAUCAUGGUAAAAUCUUGGGCACAUGACAUUCCAUAGCACUGCGUGACUAUUCAUUUGGUGGCUUGGAAUCACAAGUAGCUGGUCACGCAACGGUGUUAUGAAAACAAAGAUGGCGCUUACUAGUUUGAUCCUGUUUUAAGGAACGCAUAAAUAGCCACAUGAGAAUCUUCUUUGUCAACUGGCUUACAAUUAAUUGACAAUUGCCAGGGAGUUGCUUUCGCAUUAUUGUCAUGAAACAUUGCAAGAUGAACAUAUGUUGAUAAUUUCAAGUUUGGAAAUAGUAUAGAGAGCGUUUUGCUACCAGAUAGGUACCUCUUCUGUCACGCACCUUUUUUCAAAUCGCGUUGAAAUUUUAGCUGACGGCUGCUAGCGAUAAUGGUAUAUCACUAUCACACAGCCUGAAUCGGCCAGGGUUAUUUUUUUGCGUUUUCUUCUUGAUCCAGUGCUCUCUCCGGAAAAAAAAAAAAAAAAAAGGCUUCUAAGCCUCGGCUUGUAAAUAUAAAAUUAAUGUAAGCUGUACCUGACUCUCCGGCGUUGAUUUAAGCUGGGAAGAUAGUUGUAUUCUCAAUUGAAAUAAUUGUUAGGGAAUAAAGGAAUUACUUGUCA